CUUGUCCCAUCGCUUUUCUCCACGUUAGCUAUAAUUUUGAGGAUAAGGACGAGCAGGGGAUGCCCAAGUACAAAUCCUAGUCAUCUUGGUAAGAACACUGCAUUGGAUGCUUCAAAAAAUUUGGCCUCAUCAUCAAAGUUCUUGCCGGAAUAUGAGUCAGACAUCCAAUAUAGCUCCUCGAGUUGGUCAGUAUAAAGCUGCUUUCUGGAAAACUUCUCAACAGUUUAGGUCUCCGAUGUUGCAUGAUCUAAAGUUGACAUCAAAGUUGCCGAUAGCCUUUAAUGUGGUAAUCAGAAUUCCCUAGCACAGCGAUCGGUUUAUUCGUUGUCAGAAGAACUUGCAUUCCGAAUCCCAAUCGUCAGGGGUUUUCGGAUUCCUUGUGCUAAAUUAUGGAUUUCACACAGUAUUCCUCAAGCGAAAAUUUCCCGGACUUACUUCAUAUACCUUGCAUGGGACGAUCUGAUGUCGCAUCUAAGCCCUACUAAAAAGUGAAUGUUGUAGACAGCAUUCCGUAACAUAUAGCCUCCCCGCAGACGUCCUUUGGGGUUCGUGCGUCACGCAUUCAUUUCUCCCCCACGGUCGUCACGCAUUCCAUUUCUCCGCCAAGAACCGUGGGGGAGAAAUGAAUGCGUGACGAACGAACCCCAAAAGAACGUUUUCGGGGAGGCUGCGUAACCUAGGGACUGGUUUAAUAGUGAUUAAAGCGUUGAGUGAAGUUCAUGGUUUAAAGUAUUUUUGUCUCGUCAGAUUGCUUGGAUUGCUUGGAUCAUGACACGCUCAGAUGAUCGGCAACCUUCGAACGCGUCUGUAAUUAUCCGUUUGUUCCAGACUUCUGAUCAGUUGGAAUGUCAACAGAUGAUCAAACUUUUUAGCAAAGAACUUCUCAACCAAAUAACAUUCGCUUUUCUGUCAACGUUGUCAUGUUAUGUUGCCAUAGCAACUGUCUUGGUUUCAGCAGCAGCACUGUUAUGGUCAUUGUGGAUUUUUGUAGUUUUCGCUGUGGUAUUUGUUGUUGUUGUGCUUUAUCCUUAUUUCAAAUGGCGAUCCACCGUUAAAGACUGGGAAUUUUCAAUGCUGAAGACCGACUUUACAGAGAGCAAUAGCCGUCGCAUGUGGGUAGCUGAGUGGAACUGUAGAACUGUUGGAAUGGUAAGGCUUGAUCAAAUUGGCCCAGGCGUUGCUGAACUUAAAAACAUGUUUGUCGUUCCACGGUGCAGAGGAAUGGGAAUCAGUAAAAAGAUGCUGAAUGAAUUGAUCAGGCAUGCGAAGAGAAAGAAUCUUCAAAAGAUAGCUCUGUUUACAACAAGCAUACAGACUAGUGCAGUACAGCUUUAUAAGAAGCAUGGUUUUAAAGUGGUAUCAAAGGGGGGUUCUUUUCUUGUGGCAAUUCAACCGCUCCAAAGAGUGGACUUAGAGUUAGACUUAGACUUAGUGGACGUACAGUUGCAUCUUUAAGCAAGAUGUUGGCGUAGCUUUGUGGAACCUUCCCUGACUACUGGUGAAGAAGACCUUAUGCAUUACACCCAUGUUAACGCCGGUCGGUUAGUCUGCGGGUUGCUUGACUGGCGGUCAGGGGCACCCAACGAGGAUAUAGUUCAAAACCAGUUAACAUUGCAUUGUUGAACGUAUUUUAGUAUUUAAACGGUAGAUAUAGGCAUAUUUUUAUCCCCUAAAAACUUUUCAUCUGUUCGGAUUUCCUAGCUGAAAGUCUAGUGAUCCGAAAAUUAUAGGGAUGAAAGUUUACGUUUUCGAAAAUUUCAGCCAGGAAAAGGAUCCCGAAAAUUCUAGGUGGCCUUUUUUAGGGCAAAAAUCCGUUAAAAAAUGGGUAAUUAUACCAAUUUGUAGAUGUUCGAAAAUCCUAGGAGAGGCAGGCAAGCAAGAAAUUUUACAAAAAAUGUUCCGAAAAUUCUAGAUCUCAAAUCGUCUUCCGAACAGAUAUUUUCCGAAAAUUGCCGUUGGGUGCCCCUGGGCAGUUUGCACCACGGACGCGCUCAUCAAACUCCGUCCAGUCCACCAACCAGGGUCUGUAAUAAAUUAAUAAGAUCCUGCUGGCUUUGAUAACUUAGAAUUCAGGCUUUGUAUCAGGUCUUAGCAGUUCUGACUUGGUAAAAUGUUUCCGCGCGAGAAAUCUAGUAGUAUGCGAGAUGAGCUAUUUUAGCAUGUCGAUAGACCUUUGUUUUUGUUUUCCAGUAAUUGAAACCGAGUAAGUGAUUUGGCGAGCACGCGAGAACGAUCCCCCACUUUCAUGCGUUGCGGUCAAUAAAUACCCCACGGUUUUUAGGCCUAGGCCAAACGUCGAACUUUUAAUGAGACGAAUCGAACCAAACUCUAAUCAGACCUUACCCAAAACCUAAUUUGGGUCGGCCUAAAUUAAGUUAUGAUCGUCUGUUGUAUCAGACGUCGAAAUUAAGACGCGUCGAACCAAUCGACCAAACAGCAAUUUUAGCCCAACGGGGCUAAAUAUACAUUAAUUAUCAUACAAAUUUUGAACUUGUUGGUUUAGUUCGUCGCAUGUGAAGAUCGAUGUUUGUCCCACAGACGAUCUUCAAACGUCCUAUCCGUCUGAAGCAGACGGAUAGAACGUGUUGAACGAUCCAAACCCUGUCAUCCAGACGAACUUAAGAUCAGGCUCUAUUUUCGUUUCUCUUUGUAAAUAACAUUCCCGAGGGCAUUUUAUUGGGGCUACGUAAGAGAGAAUGUAUGAGAACUGCUAGAAUUGGGCCUGAUCUCAGGUUAAACUUAACUGAGCCAGACGUCUAACUCAGUUUCAUGAACUUAACUCGCUAAGUUUGGCUCGUCUCAUGAAAAGUUCGACGUUUGGCCGAGGCCUUAUUUUCAUAGGAGCGCUCGACAACCUCUAAAGAGAAAUAGAAGGUUCGUGAAAAGAAUAAGCUUUUUUUUAGUGCAACAUUUUUCGGCUAGCUCUUUUUAUAAGCCUUUCUAAUAUAGUAAAAGUAGAAAAGGGAAAUACUGCGGCUGAAAAGAUUCAGCUCUAAAUCACCCAUACAUAGCAUUUACCUGGCGG